AUGUCUGAUUUGGAAACUGUCUCGAGAUAUCUUGCCGACUCGGUUGUGGCAUCGACCGCCAAGAGCUCCGAAAGAGCUUUACGAGGUUUGGAGGAUCAAGAUGGAUUUGGACUAACUUUGCUGCAUGUAGUCGCAUCUGCGAAUCUACCGGUCCCAACAAGACUGGCAGGAGCCUUGUUCUUCAAAAAUUUCAUAAAGAGAAAGUGGGUAGAUGAAGAUGGCAAUCAUUUGCUUCCUGCCGGUAAUGUCAAAUUGAUCAAAGAAGAGAUCGUGCCAUUGAUGAUAACCUUGCCAAAUAAUUUGCAGGUUCAAAUUGGUGAAGCCAUUUCAGUUAUUGCGAACUCGGAUUUUCCAAACAAUUGGCCAACCCUAUUAGAAGAUUUGGCUUCAAGAUUAACAACAGUUGAUAUGGUGACUAAUAAGGGUGUGCUUGUGGUGGCACAUUCUAUUUUCAAAAGAUGGAGACCUCUAUUCAGAUCAGACGAACUUUUUCUGGAAAUCAAGGCUGUACUCGAUGUUUUUACCGAGCCAUUUCUCAAUCUUCUGAAGAGCGUCGAUGAGCAAAUUGGGCAGAAUGAAAACAAUGAGGCAUCCCUAAAUAUUUUAUUCGAUGUUUUACUACUUCUGAUCAAGCUUUAUUAUGAUUUCAACUGUCAAGAUAUUCCUGAAUUCUUUGAGGAUAAUAUACAAGUAGGAAUGGGUAUUCUUCAUAAAUACUUGGCUUAUUCAAAUCCAUUGGCCGAUGACCCAGACGAAACAGAUCAAGCUGGUGUAUUGAUAAAAGUUAAAUCCUCGAUACAGGAGCUGGUUCAACUGUACACAACAAGAUACGAAGACGUCUUCGGUCCAAUGAUUAACGAAUUCAUCCAAAUUACAUGGAAUCUGUUGACUGCAAUAUCUGUUCAGCCAAAAUACGAUAUUCUAGUAUCAAAAUCUUUGUCUUUUUUAACAGCAGUUUCACGAAUUCCCAAGUAUUUUGAAAUUUUUGACAAUGAAUUCGCAAUGAAUAACAUUGCCGAACAAAUAAUUCUACCGAAUGUGACCUUACGCGAGUCUGAUAUUGAAUUAUUCGAAGACGAUCCAAUUGAGUAUAUUCGUAGAGAUCUUGAAGGAUCUGACACUGAUACUAGGAGAAGAGCUUGCACGGAUUUUUUGAAAGAACUUAAAGAGAAGAAUGAACAAUUAGUAACAAGUGUGUUCACUAACCACAUUACCAAGUUUUUUUCGCAAUACCAAGCCAAUCCCAACUCCAACUGGAAAUUUAAGGAUAUUUGCAUUUUCCUUUUUACCGCAUUGGCUGCCAAUGGUGCAAUCACAGCAACAGGGGUCUCUUCGACAAAUAUUCUGUUAGAUGUAGUCGAAUUUUUCACUAAGCAAAUUGCCCCGGAUUUGACGCAACCUGUUCCUCAUAUUAUUUUGAGAGUUGAUGCCAUCAAGUACCUAUACAUUUUCAGAAACCAACUGAACAAGACUCAGUUAAUUGAGAUUUUGCCAAUCUUAGCAAAUUUUUUGGAAAGUGAUGAAUAUGUUGUCUAUACGUAUGCUGCUGUGACUAUUGAGCGAAUUUUAACAAUCAGGGAAUCAAAUGUGUCACCAAAUUCCAUUUUCAAUAAGAGGGAUCUGUCUGGUAGCUCAAGAAUGCUUUUAACAAAUCUUGUAAAGCUGAUCUCAAAUCAAGGAAAUUCACCAGAGAAACUUGCGGAAAAUGAGUUUUUGAUGAGGUCUGUAUUUAGGGUGUUGCAAACAUCCGAAGAUAUAGCUCAAGAUAUGUUUCCUGUUUUGUUAAAUCAACUUUUGACGAUAAUUAGCAUUAUAUCUAAAAAUCCGUCAAAUCCCAGGUUUUCGCAUUACUCAUUUGAGUCCAUCGGCGCUAUCUUAAAGUACAGUUCGUUACAGAUGCUUCCCGAACUGAUAAGUACGACUAUGCCAGUAUUUCUCACCAUAUUGUCGAACGAUGUCCAAGAAUUCAUCCCCUAUGUCUUUCAACUCGUUGCUUUCUGUGUGGAAAAAGGAAAAUCCGUUCCCGACAGCAUAAGAUCGUUGGCCCAACCACUUUUGACUCCGGCAUUAUGGGAGAUGAAAGGUAAUAUCCCGGCGGUUACAAGGCUUUUGAAAGCACUCAUUAAAGUGGACCAAUCAUUGUUUCCUGAUUUAGUCCCAGUACUCGGCAUUUUCCAAAGAUUAAUUGCAUCUAAAGCACAUGAUAUUUAUGGAUUCGAGUUGCUGGAGCGUAUUAUGAUAGAAAUUGAUAUGAGCCACUUGGCGCCAUACGUGAAACAAAUUGCGCUACUCCUUCUUCAACGUUUACAAAAUUCGAAAACCGAGAAGUAUGUGAAAAAGUUUGUUGCCUUCUUGGGCCUAAUGUCUUUGAAAUUGGGGGCUGACUUCGUUGUUUCAUUCAUCGAUGAAGUUCAAAAUGGUUUGUUUCUGCAAAUAUGGUCGAAUUUUGUCAUACCUGCUCUGCCUAAUAUUGGCAAUCCAUCGGAUCGUAAAGUUGCGCUUAUAGGAACCUUAAAUACCAUGACCAACGGGGCACUAUUUUCCAGCAAAUAUUCUUCUUUGUUACCACUUACGUUGGAGAGUGUUGUCGAGACAGCCUCCUCCGAUAGCAUCGCCAAUUUGAAAACUAGCCAUAUCGAUUUCGAUAAUCUCGAGGAAAUAACCACAUUCGGGUCUAGUUUCAGCAAGUUGAGUUGUAUUGCGGAAAAAAUUUAUGAUCCAUUUCCACAAAUGGACCCCAUCCGGGGCGUUAAAUCAUACGUUGCGGACGUUCUUAAAAAGUACAGCGAAACAUCAGGAUCUGCUUUGAUAGCUUCUGUUGCACUUCAGUUACCUGGUGAUGCGCAACUAAAGCUGAAAAAUUUGAUUACCAUGGCAUAG